CAAUGAGCGAUCAGAUUACUGUCCGCCAGCGAAUCAGCGCGGCUCAUGUUGAGCCGUACUUAGAUCCAGCGCUGAGUUCCAGGAUCCGAGCGCGUACAUACGGAUUUUGGCAUCUCGGUUUGGACUUUGACUGUGUCUCUUGACCAAUUCGAUGCUCAGUGCUCAACAGAUUCUCUCUCCUCCCUUCUGGAUGGCCGGAGCAGUGAUGGACAGCAUUGUGAUCCUUGACGAUGACGAUGAAGAAGCUUCCACAUCUGCAUCCACGUCUUAUUCUCAUGCUGUGAACUGCCAGUUAAAAACCCCUGUGAAGAACCAGCUGCCGCCGCCAACACACAUCACACAGUCUCCAUUCGCCUCUGCGAAGAAGGAUGUGCAUGUCCUAAAAGUGGAGAAUGAAAAGCUCUUUGCAGAGUUUGUGGACCAUUGCUCCAAAUACUCUCAAGACCAUCCCGAGGUCGUGACCUACCUCCAGACCAGAUACUCUAAGGCCCUGCCGACCUUCCUGACGUCGGUGGAGUUUCGUAACACUCUGGGCCGCUGCCUCACACGAGCCCAGGCCAACACUGGCAAAACCUUCGUCUACAUUAAUGAACUCUGCACCGUUCUUAAACAGCACACAGCUCGGAAAAGGAGCUCCCUACAGUCUGUCCCCUCCCAGACAAAACCUGAGCAAAAGAGCAACGGGACAAAUUUAAAGGAGGAGGAGCAAGUUAAAGAAGAAGAGGAAAAGCAAGAGGCUGGUGAGGAAACUAAGAAAACGAAAAGGGCUUCAAGGAGACAGAUCGCAUACCUGGAAAACCUGUUGAAGGUGUAUAAUGAGGAGAUCCGGCGGCUGCAGGAGCGGGAGCUGAGUAUAGACGAUCUGGAGAAGGAGGACUCCAGUUAUAUUCAGGAGCACAAGCUCAAACGCAAGAUGAUGAAGAUCUAUGACAAACUGUGUGAGCUGAAGGGCUGCAACACACUGACGGGUCGAGUGAUCGAGCAGAAGAUUCCCUACAGUGGAACACGCUACCCAGAGAUCAACAAAAAGAUUGAACGCUACAUUAACAGUCCAGAAGCUCUUCACAAUCCGCCGGACUACACGGAUAUCCUGAAGGUGGUUCAGCGCGCCAACGAACGCUACAAACUCAUGCUCACCCGCAAUAAGAUGACACAAAUCGCUCAAGAAGCCUUCAGAGAAACGGGCAACAAACUGCAGGAGAGACGCCAGCUUGACAUGGUCUACAACUUCGGCUCCCACCUCACCGAUUCCUUCAAACCUACGUUAGAUCCUGCACUCACUGAUCCAGCACUAAAUCGCAAACUCCGCUCAAACAGAGACGUGGCUCUCAGCAGCCUGGAGGAGGUGAUCACCAAAUACUCUAAUAAACAGGAAGACAUAGAGGUAGAGGAAAUGAGGAAGAAACAAGAGAGAGACAGACAGAAAAAAGAGGCACUUAAUGGGCAGCAGAGUGACAGCAAAGAAAAAGAGAGGGAGGUACUGGAAGAAAAAGAAGAAGAAGAGGAGGAGGAGGAAGAUGAAGAAGAGGAUGAUUCCUCUGAUCCUGACAUUGAAGAGGAGAUCCAAGCCAGUCAAGAGCAAGCUGGUCCAGAUGAUGAUGAAGAGGACGUUGAAGAGGAGCAGAUGAACAACAGUGACAAUGAUCAGCCGAUGGAAGAGAACUCUCCUCUGUCAAUCAAGUCUUCCGUCCAGGACACAGAGGAGGAUCAGGGCGAUGAAGACCAGCGGUCUCCAGCCAGCAGCACACAUGAGACGGGACCUGUGGAAACAAACACAAACGGCACACCUGCGAAUCAAAGCCCUCCGUUCAUAGAGGCUUUGGAUCCUAUGCCUACCGACGAGACGGAACCUAUUUCCUGGAAUCACAUUAAAAGCACCAUUAACUGCACUGAGACUGUCUCCACCAAUCAGGACACACCGUCAACCCCUAUGAGAUCAGCCACCUGCAGUCCACUACCUCAAACAAGCCCUUUGCUGAUCGACGAGAUGGGCAACUACAAGAAGAGGAAACGAUCCUCGACUGAAACCCAAACUGCUGCCUUCAAUAGGAACUGCACACAGGACAGUGAUAUUCCUCUGGAUAUGGGUGUGAUCUGUCCUGAGGAAGAAGAUUUAACCAGGACGAGGAGUUCGACUCGGGUCACGGUCCGAAGCUCACGAGCCACGCCACCGCCUAAGAAAAAUAAGGUGAACGUGGCGACUCAGUGCGACCCAGAGGAAGUGAUCGUUCUGUCUGAUUCAGAUUGAGUCACAGGGUAUGAGCUGGCAUCUCAGUCAGCGUCCUGCUCCGUUAGUGCCUGCCAGUGUGAACAGAGAACAAAAAACCUUUAUUUUACUUUGGACUGGUUCAGUCAGGUUUUGAACCACUUGUACGCAAUGCCACGGUUUACUUUUUAUACAAGGGGAAAUGGCAUGCCGUUAUUCAUUCAGGCUUUUUAGAGGUAUUUUGGUAUAUUGUGAAUUGGACUUGCCUCUAAACAUUCUUACUCCAAGGGUUUAUCUUGUAUUGUAUUUAUGGUUUUAGUUUGAGGGUUUGGAAGCAAUCCUCAUCUGUGCCAAGAGUCGUGAGGGGAAGUGAACUUUCUCUUCUCAACUCAAUAAAUGCUCCCAUUUUGUGUAGUGUUUGACUUACAUGUUGAUAACUUUGUAUAGUGCACUGUGGAUUUUUUUCAGCAGAAUUAGUUUUCCACGUAAGUUAUGAGCUACUUUACAUGCUCCAAUUUACAAACAUCGGAAGCUUUGUUUUCAGAUUACAUCUUAACGAAAUAGUUCACCCAAAAAUAAAAAUUCUGACAUUCAUUUCACCUCCUUUUUUGUGUGUGCAAUACAGAAAAAAUAUCAGGAUAUGGAUUUAAAAGGACUUGAGAGUAAAUAUUGACAGUAUUUUUAUUUUUGGGUGAACUGUCCCUUUAACUGGCCUCAGGUGACGAAGCACAAGAGUUAAGUGUCCUCCUGCACUUGACGUUUAGUAUUGAAAUGAUUUCUGUAAACUGCUGUUGAUUGAUCUAUUAAAUUGAUCAGUAUUGUCAUAUUAAAAAUAGUUUUUAAUUACUCUGCUUAACUAAUUGAGGAUUUAAUUG